GCCAGUGAGCUAAAGCAGCUAAACAAACACCUUUCCUUCAUCUUCCAGGAGGCUGCUGCUUCAGUGGCAGCAACGUCGGUCACAGUCUCACUUCCGUCUUUUGUUUCUCUUCCCUCUCGUACUUCGAAACUAUCUUGUUACGGGUUAUAUUGUAUCCGUCUCCUCUUUCUACCUCGUUAUCAGCCGGAAGCAAGCAUCAUGGGAGAUUACAUCUGUGGCUUCCUGUGUGGCGGCCACCAGUACGCAAACAGGAAGCAGUUGCAGACGGUGGAGCUCAAGGUCAGGAUGGACUGCGAGGGCUGUGAACUCAAAGUCAGGAAUGCCAUCUCCUCCGUCACAGGAGUUCAGUCGGUGGACAUCAACAGAAAGCAGAAUAAAGUGACUGUGACUGGCUACGUUGAGCAACAGAAAGUCCUGAAGAAGGUUCGAUCCACGGGCAAGAGAGUUGAGAUCUGGCCUUAUGUUCCCUACAACCUUGUCACUCACCCUCACGGUGCUCAGAUCUAUGACAAGAAGGCACCCCCUGGGUAUGUCAGGAAUGUGGAGGUGGUCACUGUGUCCAGCCAACCACUCAGACAAGAUGACCUGCUUACCAACUUGUUCAGUGAUGACAAUCCAAAUGCCUGCUCCAUCAUGUGAAGAAACUCAGAUCUAUAUGUUUCUAAGUAGAAUGAGGGUGAUGUUCUUUCUUCUCUGUGGCUUUGCAUGGGAGUGGGUGUUAUCAAGUAGUAUGAAUGUGGAGUCAUAUAGUAUUAUUAUAUGUAAGCCAAAUCUCACUUGUGAAACCAGUUAGCGAUGAG